GCACCUUUUUGUUUUACGGCCAACGGUUGCUAGUCAACCGUUAAGGAUUCAAGCUCGUGUGCUUAGUGUAGCGAGCGUGCCUCAUCAGGACAUUAGUCUAUCUGCUCUAGAAGGCUCCGCAUUGGAACCGAUCGAUUUCUCGCGACAUGUUUGACUCAUAGCCUAAUGGAAAAAUAUUCCUUGCAGGACUACCUUAGAAACUGCAAGGAUAGAACAAAGAAAGUGCGUACAGUAUAAAAAGCGUUUCGUUGAUCUGGGCGGGGAAGUAGUUGCAUUGCAGACUCCAAGAUCCGCGAUACUUGUCUCACAUUCCCGGUCGUGUGAAGUGCGUGAGAAGAGGUAUCCCGAUCAACCCAACAAUUGCGCUAUUUCUGUGGAAUAUUCUCAACCAGUGGUCAACGAUAGUGGAAAUGGCUUCGAUUCUGCCAGCAGCAAUCACCGGUGGCGAAAGCGACCGUGUGCUCAAGUCGAUGGACGCCAACCGGUAUGCAACGAAGAAGACGAUCGCCCAGGGAAUGCUCGACAUUGCCCUGCUGACGGCCAACGCUUCGCAGCUCAAGUACAUCCUACAGGUUGGCGAAAAGCACGAAUUCUACACCCUAAUGCUCACCCUGAUUAGUAUCUCCAUCAUUCUGCAGAUUACGAUGGGUGUCCUGAACCUUUCGCUCAGUUUGCUGCGUGACUGUCGAUUGCAUCUUCCGGAGUACCAUCAGUCGGCCAACGUGAUAAAUUAUAUAGUAACCGGAGCUGCCUUUAUGGUUACCAUGCUGAAUCUGAUGAUAUCGGCCUUCGAUCCGAUGGUUUUGAAAUACGUGCUCGAUUAGAUAGCAUUUGACGUCGGGGACUGGGGAGUUUGGAGAAAUUCGGUGGUACUGUGAUUAUUGCUUUUGCUGCUUGCGUCAAGAAAGCUAUGUCAGAUGUUUGCAGAAGUUUUACAAAAUCACGUCCGAAUACUGGGCACGAGAGUUUGAUUAUGACUAUACUUCAGUUUGCCAAAAGCUAUCUAGAGACCUAUUUAAAUCUAUGGACAGAGCAAUACGUAAACUUAUUUUUGGACGAUAACCUCCAAACAACUAGAGUAGGACUUGAACUAUUGGAGUCAUUGCAGAAUUCAGGCCGAAAUGACCGAAAAAAAUCUUUAACUAAUCAUGAAGAGCACAGUUUCCAUAAGUAUUUAUGAACGAAAAUCUAGCGAGUAAUUAGAACUCCUGUUUGUAACUCCGACAAACUUUCUAGUGAAGAAAACCUCUUCAAGUUAAUGAGAAACAAAUUUUCAUGAAUGUAAACGAUAUUUCGUUGUUGCUUAAUUCGUCUGUGAUACUCAGAUGUGGUUGCGAUUCAUUUAAUCUAACGCUCGGUGCUUGACGUAGGAAAAGAGAAUGCAAUUUACCGCGAAAGAAUUUGCUUGGUUUGAGGAGAAGCAUGUACGCUUCUGAAUGUGUGUAGAAAUGAGAGUGAUGGAAAUGCAAUAAUUGAGUGAGUGUUUCCCACGCUUGCUUUUAGGAAUUGAAUCUGAUACCAUAGUAGCUACAACUAGUAGGUAACGACAUUUGUCUGGGCACACCACCAGAUUCUUUCAGAAUUGAUUUAAGGUAUUUUCCGUGGCAAACGUCCAAAAGUACCCUGGGAAUUCCGGUUGAUUUUUUCAGCAAUUGUCGAAAAAGCUUCGCUACAGAAUCCACGUAUAGUCAUGUCUAAAAAAUCCACUAAUUUUAAAACCAAGAUUAUCUCAACUUUUCUUUUCCAUUU